AUGAGCUUGCUGCGUGUCAGAGCAGGGCUGGGGCUGCUGCAGUGCACAAGAUCGGGGUCACUCAUCUGUCCUUCUCGGCCCAUUGUGGACAUGUCUUACUCCCACCACUUUGUGGAUUUCCAAGGUUCCUCUAUCCCCACCUCCAUGAAAAAGCUGAUGGUCACCCAACUGAGCCCUGACUUCAGAAAGGCUGUUACACUAAUACACAGUGUACCAGUGCCAGUUCCAGGGGAUGGAGAUCUCCUCAUCCGAAACCGGUACAUUGGUAUCAAUGCAUCAGAUAUAAAUUUUUCAUCUGGUCGAUAUGAUCCUUCUGUGAAGCCUCCGUUUGAUAUUGGAUUUGAAGGAAUUGGUGAAGUUGUAGCUUUGGGACUCAGUGCUAGUAAAAACUUUACAGUUGGACAACAAGUGGCUUAUGUCAAAAGUAGUUCCUUUGCUGAAUAUACAGUGGUACCAGCUGAUAUUGCUAUUCCAGUGACCUUAGUAAAACCAGAGCUCUUAACUUUGCUUAUCAGUGGCACAACCGCUUACAUCAGUCUCAAACAGUUUGGGCAUUUGUCUGAUGGAAAGAAAAUUUUGGUGACUGCCGCAGCUGGUGGAACAGGACAGUUUGCUGUACAACUUGCAAAACAUGCCAAUUGCUAUGUUAUUGGGACAUGCUCUUCUGAAGAGAAGGCAGGAUUCUUAAAAUCUAUUGGCUGUGAUCUUCCAAUAAACUAUAAAUCUGAAAAUGUAGCUUCAGUCCUAAAGAAAAAAUUUCCAGAGGGCGUAGAUGUUGUGUAUGAGUCUGUUGGUGGAGAAAUGUUUGAUAUGGCAGUCAACUGUUUGGCCACAAAAGGUCACCUUAUAAUUAUCGGCUUUAUCUCUGGUUAUCAGACCCCUCAAGGUAUUUUGCCUGUUAAAGCCGGGGCUUUGCCCGCAGUUUUAUUACGCAAAUCUGCCAGCGUUCAUGGCUUUUUCUUGAUGCAUUAUUUGUCAGAAUACAAAGAAGCCAUAAUGGCUUUGGUGAAAUUGUACCAAAGUGGAAAACUGGUUUGUGAAGUGGACAAUGGAGAGCUAUCUCCAGAAGGCAAGUUUAUUGGUUUGGAGUCUGUUUUCCGUGCUGUAGAUUAUAUGUACACAGGGAAAAACAUUGGGAAAAUUGUGGUUGAAUUACCUCACCUUGUGAACAGCAAGCUGUAAAAACAGAACAAUGAUAUAAAUCACAAGAGAAAAUGGUACUUUCUGCCGGGAAAUGUCUAAAACAUGUUGUCACUAAUGGAUAGCUUAUUAAAAAACAGAAUCAAGGUGUUGGUAAAAUGUUUUCAUAAAAAAAGCCUAUUAAUUUUUAAGGUGUCUCACCAAUAACCUUUCCAGUACAUAAAUGAAUGAGAAAUAUAACAUUUUUGAGCAAUUAAAUGCUUACAUAUAGAGCCAAUGACUGCUGGGUUGUAUUUAUAUUUCUAAGAACUACACUUUUGGAGAUUUGUUUUCACUGCUGUAUGAUUAUUUUCCUGUUUUAAUAAAAAUAAUUUGUUUAUUAA